CGAAGCCCUCACUCACCCACUUUCCUUUAUAUACACUACACCUCCACGCCCAACGACACAACCAACUCCCAACAGAACAAGAAAUGGAUUGGUUCUCAUGGCUGUCGAGAACAAAUCUCGAACCUUGUCUCAUCCACGAAUACAGUCUUUCCUUCUCCAAGAACGAGCUCGAACACGAAGACAUUGCUUACUUCAACCACGAGUUUCUCCAGAGCAUUGGCGUCUCCAUCGCCAAGCACCGUCUCGAGAUCCUCAAACUCGCGCGUCGAGAGCGCAAGAGAUCUCCUCUUCUCACCUCUCGCUCCAUCUCCAGAGUCGUGGUUGCCAUCAAGAAAACAAGCAGGUGUGUCUCCGAUCACGUACGCGCAUGGAUCCGCUGCGAGGAAGAGUCUUCUCGAGCUCUGGUGCUUGUACCUAAGAGAAGCGGUGGGGCUGGUAAGUGGAGAGGAGGGUUUAUGAAGAGGAACAAGAGAUCUGUGACGCCGAGCAACGCAAAUGGUGGAGGAGUUCAUAAGCAGCAAGAGGUGUUGUUGUUGACCAACGGGACUCCUUGUAGGAUCGAUAGCUUCUCGAGUCCCAUGGUUUUUGAUUACAGUUUCAGGGAGGAGAUGGCUUAUAAGGAUAACAGACAAGAUACUUAUCUUGAAGAGAUCAAAUGGGAUUCAAUGUUUCAGAAUCUGAAACCUACUUGAAGCUCUGUUCUUGAUGGUGAGAGAUGAGGUUUUAGAGUUCGUUCUUCCACCAGAAUUUUUUUUGAAGUUUUGCAUCGGUUCUUGUGCUUUGAGUGUGUGUGAUUAGUGUUUCUGUUAGACUAAUUAAUUUUGAUAAUUAAAAAAAUAGGGUUGAGUGCUGAGUGUCAGGUCAGGUGAGUGUGGGUAAUCAUGUUGUGUAAUGAGUCUUGUCUCUUCAUUCUUUGCUGUUUGCCUAAGUCUUUGUUCCAGUCAAAAAGCUUCCUUUACAGCUUUUACUUUUUACCACUUACAGAUCAAGAG